UACACGCAGCUGCAAGGCUUUAAGCUGCAAUGUUUUCUGAUUAAAGCAACUCCAGAUUUAAAGCUGUGAUUCCUCCUUUCUGCUUCUAACUGCGUUGUACUUGUCCACUCGUACUUCUCCCACGAUGUCGCUUCCACACGCUGUUGUUUGUGUUUGUGCUGCGUGCUCCGCUCCUCCCCCGUGUCCCCCGUGUCCGCCCCCCUUUUGUUUCCGGGCAGUGUUGCUUCAGGGCAGGUGAUCGGUUCCUUUGAGUCACAGUUCAAACCAGGCUUUGUUCUCACCUGGGUAUUUGCGCAGGGCGAGCACGAAAAGAAAAAAAGAGAGAAGCGCGUUUAAAACGUUAAGGAUGUUAACGCUCUGCGGCAACUUUAACAAAAAAAUAACGUUUCAGGUCGCAGGCUGGUGAACUCGCUGCGCGUCCGUGUCGUGUGGUUGGGCUGAAUGCAACCAGGAAAUACACAGUUAAAUAAAGGUUUGAGCGACUUCCCUGUCACUUUUAUCAAGUCUGUGAUUAAUUACAGUAGCCGAGUUUUUGCCACCUCACCCAGGAAUUGUGUACAGUUUUCUAUUGGAGUACAGUAACAGGUCAUUUCUCACGGACUGUACAGCUACGCGGCUGCACGACAAGGGGAACAGAAUUAUCUUUUAUCUACUGCACAGGGGAUGAUGACCUGCUGUGACCAACAGAGGGCGCUCCUGUAACAGCAAUGAGAGUGAACUCCUCGAUGAGCCCCGGCCUGGGCAAUGCAGCUGAGAACACCACCGCUCCGAGGGACAAGGUGAUCCCCCCUGGCCCCCCCUCCCCUCCCCCUGCUGGGCUGGACCAGUUACCCCAACUGGGGACCGGGGGCUGGCCUCGUACAGUCAGGGGGCGCUGUUGCUCCCUGUCCUCUGCGGACCCCUGUGGGGCGGGGGGGGCCCCCCUCAGACGCCUGUCCCAGCUCAGAGUGAAUGCGGGGCCCCUCGAUGCUUUCCGCAGGCACAGCUGGGAGCCGGGCAAAGAGGAGCAGUACUGCCCACACUACGAGCACCACAGCCUCUCUGCAAUGUGGGAUCCACAUUUCAGUGUGAGUCUGGAGAGGCUCGAUCCUGAUGGGAUGGACAGAGUGAUGGGUGGCCCAGUCCCCAGGGGAGCAGGUCGCGACCCCCGCAGGAAUCCCAUAAUCCACAGCAGCGAGAUGCUGGACUCUCUGACAUCACUGACGGAGGAGAGUGAGGACUUCCUGUUCCUGCAGGACCAUGCUGAUCGCCUGCAGGCUUACAGCUGCUCCGCCCCCUCCCUCUGUGUGACCAUGUCUGACAUGGAGCGGCCGGACCAGGACCCCGACGAAAUCUCGCUCUAUUCUGAAGGAGGAGGUUCCACACUCAGUGUCAAUGCGGAGAGUGACACAGGCAGUGUGCUCGAUCUCUCCCUGGAUUGUGCUGCCGGUGACUCUAAGGCCGGGAGCCCUCUCAAUCGAACCCUGAGCUUCUUCAAGAAGAUGGCUGGCAAGUCCAAGACACAGUGACAUGUGCAGGGUGACUCAUACAAUCAGGGGAGCUGGUUGCAUUGGCUCUGGCACCAGGUUAUGGAGGCAAAAUCGUCUGGGACUGAGUCCCCUCGCAGUGCUACAGCACCCUCUACUGGCCAGGCAUCUGGGGAGCUCAAAGCAGACACCUGCAGGGCUGGCCUUUGUCCUCCAGAGGCCGGCAGCUCUCUGAUAUCUACUCUUGAAUCCGGGAUACACUCCUCUGCACUGGGCAGAGCAGGAGGGAACCAAAUAAUACAUCCAGGCAAUGAUUAACCAAGAGGGGCAAUUGCAGAGCUGCUGUACUCGUGACCCUCAGAGUUAGAGCUUCGGCUUUACUGCCAGUGACCUGGUAUUGCAUGAGAGGAAAGCCAGUUCACUCACAACAGC